CGUACAAGGUGACGGUGACGAAGUCAGCAGCAGAAGGCGACUUUAUGACCUACACAGCCACCGUAGAUGAAGUCAUCAAGAACACAGAUAAAGAUUUUGAGGGCGUGAGGUUUGGGACCGUGGUGGAUCUGGUAAAGAAGGCGACCUGCAGCGGCAUGGACAUCCAGAACAACAGACAGUACCUGCUGAUGGGAGCCAGUGGGUCAGAGGUCACGCUCGACAACAACUACAAGUAUCGCCUCCCUCUGGACUCGGAGGCCGUGUUGGAGCUGUGGCCGACAGAAUGUAGUUCUCCUGAGUGUAGGGACUACAUUUCCCAGCUGGAUGACUUUGCCGAGAGUCUGCAGUUCUCGGCCUGCAGAUGAAUGUCACUGUGAUGUCACACUGAGGGGUGGAGUCUUUCUUCAUUCAGAGUUUGAAUGUUUCUGUCACUUCAGAUUGGAAUAAAUAAUAAAGGUCAAUAAAGGGCAAAGAAGCCCUCUGUUCAA